AUGUCAAAAGAUCCAGCUCGCUGUCAAGGACCUGAUUUAAUUAAGGAAGGGAUUGCUUUUGACUGUGGAAUCCACUUAAGUCGAGACUUCAUCACCAGUCCUCAUCAUGAGUGGUCCAGGGAUGGUCAUGACAAACUUACAAACAUUGGCUUCCCAACAUGGGGAGUUCGUGAUAAGUGGUCAGGAAAGUGGCUUGGUCUGUCGGUUGUUCCUAACAACCGUUUGAAAGACGCUAUUGCUUAUUUUUACCUGAGCACAAUUGAAAGUGUUGGGGGGAUGCCUCUUCAAAUGACAACAGACUGCGGAAGCGAGACAACUCAAGUGUUUGGUCUUGCAAAUGCAUUGCGUGAAGAGUUUACGCCACAAUACUCUACUGAGACCCUCCCCCCUCAUUGCUUUUUACAUAGUGUCAAAAAUAUUGUUAUUGAGCGAGGGUGGCUGCGCUUUCAUCUGCAAUGGGGUGCAAAUGCAAAAAUCUGGUGGGAAGCUGGUGAAGGUAUCUAUAAUUCAACGGACCAAAAACAUUACAAACUUGGUCAAUGGCUAUGGUCAACAUUCAUUCAAUGCAAGCUCAAUCAUCUUAGGGAGCGGUUAAAUAACCAUCCAACUCGCUUUGAUGCAGCAAAGAAGCUACCAUCUGGAGUUUCACCAAAUAUUGCCAUUGCAUUGGCAAAUGAAUAUGGUGGUAAAAUCUGCUUACUGCCUGUUGACCUGGCAGUCAUUUGCCGUCUCAAGGAAAGUAUUGGAGGCGAAGACUUGAUUCAAUUUGUCAGCACAGAGUUUGCUAAUCAUGCAGAGAGUGUUUUUGGCACCUUAGGUAUUGACAAGAUCACUUCAGAUAAUAUCUGGCAUAUCUUCACAAAGAUGUUGCCGCUUUUAUACCAGUAA